UUUUGUGUGUGCGAUAAAAUAAUUGUUUUUAUGAAAUCACCAAAUGUAAUUGAUAAUUUUAGAAUUAUCGUUUUAUGUGUACAGUAAUUAUGAACGUAAAGUUAAGUUUUACGUUUAGAAGUUUGUUUUGUGUGCCGUGAAACUCCGAUUACGUGCGUGUCGAUGUAGUGUAUAGCGUCCUGUGCCGCCUUUUUCAUUAAACUGAUGAGUUUAAUUCGCGGCCAGAAGUGGAUAGGUUCUAAUAAAUGUCUGGGAAUCUUUGUGUAGAGGUAUCGUGCGAUGUCCAAAGUUAGUUAAAGUUAUUUGUUUCGGCGGUAGAUGGAUUGAUGAGUGCGACUACAUUGUGCGUUAGUAGGUGUGAAAGCGUAUGUACAUGGUCGUAAUGGCAAAUCUGUCAUGAGUAGUUUUCCGUGUGUUUACCAGUGUUUACUAUCGGUCUCUGGAUGUGUGCUAGUUGAUGUUGAACUUUUUUGAUGUAGUGAAAUAAAAUCUGUGAAAAUGUGUAUGCCAACGCCGAGCAAUGUCUCCGGAUUCGGGUACUCAUGGGGCUUCACGAGUACUUCGGAUCUCACCAAGUGCGAAGUUGAUACUCCCAGUAGUCUGAGCUACACGCUGGGGAACACGGUGUCACCAGAAACAACAUUGACUGUUAUGUCCCACAAGACACCUCAAGUCCAAGAGAAAGUUGGCACAGUUGCAGUAGCAGUAACAAAUGCAGCAACGCAAGUUACAAGGGUUCUCACUGGGACACCUGUUCCUGGCAGGAGGGCCAUGUUUGUUCUAAACGAAGCUCCAACUCACACAUUAAACAGGGUGUCACAGCAAAAUCAGACAGCAACAAUACAAAAUCUUAGAUGUGGUGCACGGGACGUAGCAAACAUAGUUGUCCUGUCACACGCCGACUGCCCCACGCAUUCUGAACCUAUUUACACAACAAAUCUAUCAUCAAAACCCUUUAUGACACCCAUUGGUCCUAUACAAUUAACGGCAGAAGAAUGCAACGAAAUAUUAAUGAAACGCGCCUUGCAAGCCCAAGGGAUUGCAACACCGGUUAUAGAUGCCUCGCAGUUGAACCAUUCAUUGUUAAAUGGGAGCUUAAAGAGUUUAGUGGAAGCUACUCAACAGCAAAACCAGGAUACCAUACAGAGCACGACAGUUCACCAACAUCAUCUUCUGCAUGCGAAGCAGGAGCCUGGCACUGCAAAUAACUCCCCAAAAGCUGUAUACUCACAGACUGAUAUGAUGACAAACACUGUGAUGUCAGCAGUUCCCACGCCUGUGAAGGAGAGACCUUAUUCUUGCGAUGAGUGCGGAAAAUCCUUCCUAUUGAAGCAUCAUCUAACCACACAUGCAAGGGUACAUACUGGUGAGAGGCCACAUGUCUGUGGCCACUGCGGUAAAGCAUUCGCUCGGAAACACUGCCUUAACACCCAUUUAUUACUGCAUUCUGCUGAGAGGCCGUACCGCUGUCACGAGUGCAAGAUGGCGUUCACACUGAAACAUCAUCUCGUCACCCAUUCUAGGGUGCAUAGUCGCGAUCGUCCGUUUGUGUGUGGCGAGUGCGGGCGAGGCUUCCCUUUGAAAAGGCACCUCGUGACUCACAGCAAGUACCAUGCGGGCGAACGGCCUUACGUCUGUACUGAUUGCGGAGAGAGCUUCGCCCAGAAGGAACACUUGGUAAUGCACAGUCGUUUCCACGGUUCCCUCUCGCCCUUCGUAUGCCCCGACUGCGGGGUGGCUUUCGCGCGCAAGUUCCAGCUCGUCAACCACGGACGGAUCCACGGAAGGGUUCCUCACGCGUGUCCCGUGUGCGGUAAGGAGUUUCUUCAGAAGAGGACUCUAGUUACGCAUAUGAAAAUCCACACAGGAGACGGCGCAGUUGCGUGCCUAGAAUGUGGCGAGGCGUUCAAAUGCAAAUCAGAGUUACAACAGCAUUGUAAAAUGACGAGGCACUGCCUCACGGCCGCACAGUCGCAACAAACGCAGCAGCAACAACAACAGCAGCAGCAACAAGCGCAGCAACAGGCGCAACAGCAAGCGCAACAACAGGCGCAGCAGCAGGCCCAGCAACAGGCACAGCAACAAGCGCAACAGCAAGCGCAACAACAGCAGCAGCAACAACAGCAGCAGGCGACUGUUAUAAAACAGGAUGACUUCAAACCACAAAUAGUUCAAGUAAUUGGUGCUGACGGACAAAUACUCUCUGAGAAGACCACCCCUGGGUACGUGUGCCCCGAGUGUGGCUCAUGUUUCAAUACAAAGGAGGCCCUCUCGCUGCACGUCCGCCUCCACGCGGGCGACAGGACCUGCGUGACGGAUCUUUGCGCACUCACAGCCGCAUUGCAGCCUGGUCUGGUAGCCGCAGCAAGCGUUGCCAACGCGACGCACACCGCACACAGUCAGCCGAUACAGAUUAUAUCCAACAACCCCAACAAUGUAGUUCAUACACAAGUUAUAGCAACGAAUCACCAUGUACAGCCACGGCCGAAGCUACACUUCUGCGUCGACUGUGGCAAAGGAUUUGCAGCUAAGCACGGCCUAUUAGCACAUCAUAGAAGGCAUCCGGAGGGCAGUUGUACGUUGCGGACGCACGUGUGCGACCAGUGCGGUAAGGCGUUCUUCCAGAAGAAUCACUUGAUGUUACAUCAAAGGCAGCACAUGGAUUUGCCGCCGAGAGCGACGCAAGCGCAGCAGCAAGCGACGCAACAAGCGCAACAGCAAGCGGCGCAACAGGCGGCGCAGCAGGUCGCGCAACAAGUCCAGCAACAGGUUCAGCAACAGCAACAGCAACAACAGCAGCAGCAGCAGCAGCAGCAACAACAACAACAACAACAACAACAGCAGCAACAGCAACAACAGCAGCAGCAGCAUCAACAACAAGUGCAGCAUCAGAACACGUUAGAGAUAGAACAGGAUCAUCAACAACCUACGCAUAUACAAGUGGUAACGAAUCGAUCCGGUCAAGUUAUCGGCAAUCAGAUAGUAGUGGGGACGGUGGCAGGCCGCCGGACGUUGUUGGGCACGCCGUUGCAGAUCGUGACGCGCGACGGAAAACCUCUGAACGCACAACUUGCGCACAAACGACAUCAUAGCGGCGAUGUGAAAGAAGUAGGAGGUCUGGUGCUAUCGACGGGGCGGGGCGCCGGUCUCAUCAAGUACGAGAUCUCGCUUCCGCCGCCCACUUCAGUGGUUCAAGUGCAGCAGCUGGACUGAGCCAAGCCCGAGCCAGACGACAUGCUUGUCUGGCAGAAGUGAUCCACGAGUGAACCGCGAGUGAAUCGCCAGUGAACCCACGAGUGAAUUACGAGUGAAUCGCGAGUGAAACGCAAGUGAUCCGCGAGUGAACCAUAAGUGAACUACAAAAUCUUACGAGCACCAUCACUAGUGUUCAUUAAUGUUGUGCAUCGAGUUAACGUCCAUAUAGGAUUGGUUAGAAAUGUCGAGGAACGAUAUUAAAUCGAUAAUCGAGACUCAGAAAAUGAGCUUAGUGAGUUGUCUGAUUGGAUGUAGUUAUGCAAAUAGGCUUUAAACAAACCCUUCAUCUAGUCUCCAAGACCGCUAAAUACGAUUUAUUCUGCCUCCCUUAUUAUUAGUUUAAACAUGGUAUAACAUUUGUAUAGCUAACAGUUUUUUGUCACAUUCUGACAUUUGAAAGGUGCUGUUAGUUGAAGUGCGACAAAACACUGCAUAAUUAUUUCAGCCCCACCUUUAAUAAAAUAAGAGGGUUUUAAUAUAAGUGAAAGAAAAAGUACAAAAAUGUGACUUAAGGAUGGAAUAAUUUUUGCUGAAAAAUUGCACUGAUAGAAAACUAGAUUUGUCUUCAUUUUGUGUCAGUUGGAGUGGGGUUGAAACAGUUUCACAUAACUACGUCCAAUUCAGUUGUGGAGUCAAGUACGAAAUUCUUCCUUAAAAAUCAAAUCGAAUCUUCCUUAAAAAUAAAAGUGAAAACUUUCCGAUAAGAUCGGAUCUGUUUAAGCAGAUGACCGCCUUAAAAAUUUCGUACGCGAAUUAUGUCAGUAUGUUUAAACUUACUGUUAUUUUCAAGUUUAGCGAUUCAUGGUCACAUUAAUCAAAGUUCAGUUUGGCUAGUUCAUUAAUCUUACUUGGCUAGACUAAUGUUGGCUGGCCAAACUCCUUGGAAUUUACCAUAAUAAACAAACGUUUGACUACUAUUGUAUUGCGAUAAAGUUUACUGCACAGACACUCAUUACUUACUUCAGUCCAGCUUAUGUUGAUACAACAACUGGAAUUUGUUUUUCUUAACGUCAUGUAGGAAGAACAACAAUCCAACCACAAGAGCCAAUUCUAAAAUAGACUGUAAAAAUAAAAUAGAUUUAAUUGUAUAUUUUAUAAAUAAGCGCGUCCAAUUAGUUUCUUUGAUUAAUCGAUUUUUCAAAUCAGUUUGGCUCAAUUUUCCUUUUCUAAAUGAAAUACAGUUGUUAUUAGAAUACAUAUUUGUUUACACUGAAAAUAAUAACAAAAUUUCCAGCCAUAUUCGAUCAUCCUCAGCCUAUUAAUGUCCCAUCAAUAGAGCUCAUCAACCCACCAUACUACUCCAAUGCGGGUUUGCGGGCUUUUAUCUAAGAUCAUAAACACCGCUGAUUGAUAAAAUCGAUUAGUCGCUAAGCCAUACUGUGCGUUGUUACGCCUUAACUAGAUUUCAAUAGAUUGAAGAGCUUUAUUUGAAUACACAAAAAGCCUUAAUAUAGAGCCUUAUCAUUUUUCCUUUCUGUUCAAAGUAGAGGUCGUGUUUAGAGUUUAAAGGGUGAAUGGUUCUACUUAUUCAAUGGCAAUAACUGAUUAUAUACUUUAUCUAUUAUACUAUUUGCUAUUUGACGUUUGACUAAUAAGUUUCAUAUCAAGAAAUUAAUUAAAAUAAUGUAUACUUCACUAUUGGAUUCUCAGAAUUAUAGAAGUGUUCAUAUAUUAUAGAUAUCGGUAAGUAUCGAUAUAAAAAAAAAUGUAAUACAAUAGUAAGUUACUCUACUCUAGAUUUGUUUUUAAAAUGGAGUCCAUCGGUAUUGUGUGUUUCGCUAAAGCAGUCUGUCCAAUAAGAAAAUAGUAUAAUGAAGAUAAUAUUAUCAAACUGUGUGUAUAUAUAAUAAUAUAUGUUAUAGAGUGAUUAAUAAAUGCUCUAAAAUUUAGAGCAUUUACAGAGCGUGUGGUGUGUGUAAAAAGAUUGAUAAAUUGUAUUUUACUUGUACAAAGUCCUUUUUAGCAGAAUUGAUAGUUAUGUACAUAUAACGAUAAAGUAAACUGAAAAAACAUGUGUUUAUUUCCGUUUAAUUAUGCACUAAUAGGUAAAAUUUUUUUCAUUUUGCAUAAUGGAAAAUUGAUCCUCCUCUCAAUCACUUAAAGAUGAAAUGUUACAUUUAAUGCUCGCAUUUAUGCAAAAUCUGUAACUGUAAUUAAAUUUCAAUAACAUAAUAAUUUUUAAUUUUUAUCAUGAAUUAUUGCAUGAAUCUUUGCACCCUUAACUUUAUUUUAUAUUUUAUUUUAUGAUAGUUGUUUUUGAAGUGCCAAGUGAAAUAAAUUUUAUAUAUAUUCAAUUUGCCAGAAGUGACUUUGUUCAUGAAAAAUAGGAUAGUAGGUAGUUUCUCGAUGUACAUUAGCUUCGACGUAAGGGUACUUUAGGUAUCUAGUUACUAGUGUAAUCUAUUGUACAUAUCAAAAAUGAAGUUUUGUAACAUGGUUCUGCAAAAAGUUUUUGUAAUAAGUUGUACAAUCAAUAGGGCUGGGCGCAAUUAAACAUGUGUCUUUCAUGGUUUUAAAAAAAUAAUGAAUAUAAUUGCCUUGCGCUUAUACGCAUUUAA